AUGGAUAAGAGUUGGAUGGAAGCUUCAAGGUCUUCAGAUGAGUAUGCAGCUGGAGUCUCCUUAUUCUUAAAAUUUGCUAUAAGAAAUGAAGUGCAAGAUAGGAAGAUACUUUGUCCAUGCAAAAAUUGUGGUAACAGGUUCUGGUAUGAUGUAGACAUUGUGAAUGAUCAUCUAGUCUGUACUGGAUUCAUGCCUGGAUAUAAAACCUGGCUGUUUCAUGGUGAACCAGCUGUUAACAAUGAUCCUGACACACACUCUAGCUCUCCAGAAGAUAGUAGUAAUGCUAGAGAUGAGAUUGACCAGCUAUUGUUAGAUGGGUUUGACAUGUACAAUAGAAGUUCAUUGCAUUCAGAAAAAGAAGAAGGCAGUGAAGAUGACAGUGAAGAUGAAGAUGUCGAAACAUACAAGAGGUUAGUCAAUGAUGGUGGCCAGCUGUUGUACCCAGGAUGCAAGAAGUUUUCAAAGCUGCAGUUUCUAGUAAGACUGCUCAACAUUAAAAAUGUCAGGGGAAUGACAAAUGCUGCAUUUGAAGAUAUGCUGACACUGUUCAGGGAAGCAAUACCUGAAGGACAUUCUCUGCCGAAGAAAUUUCAUGAAGCAAAGCAGUACAUCAGAGGAGUUGGUCUUGCAUAUGAUACUUAUGAUGUAUGUUUCAAUGACUGCAUAAUUUUCAGAGGCAUCCAUGCCAAUGCCAAUGUCUGCCCAGUUUGCAAAACAAGCAGAUGGAAGACUGAGAGAAGUGUAGUAGGUGGGAAGAGAAUCAGUAGAGUUGCAAGGAAAGUUAUCAGACAUUUCCCACUGAAGAAAAGAGUCAGGAGGUUGUUCAUAUCUAACAAAACAGCAGCUCUGAUGAGUUGGCACAAUGAUGGGAGAACCAAAGAUGAAGUAAUGAGGCAUCCAGCUGAUUCACCUGCUUGGAAGAACUUUGACAGCAGGUACAGGUCGUUCAGCAAAGAACCAAGGAACAUAAGAUUUGGACUAGCUACAGAUGGAUUCAACCCGUUCAGGAAUAUGAACUUGUCAUAUAGCAUCUGGCCUAUAAUUCUGAUCCCAUACAACUUCCCUCCCUGGAUUUGCAUGAAGGAAACCAACUUCAUAUUGUCUGUCAUUGUACCAGGAAGGAGAUCACCAGGGAAAGACAUUGAUGUAUACCUGCAACUUGUAAUUGAUGAGCUACAGGAGUUGUGGCACCAUGGUGUUCUUGUACAUGAUGCUCAUUUUGGUAAAAAGUUUAGAGUCUAUGCUGCACUUCUCUGGACCAUUAGUGACUGGCUGGGCCGUGGAAUAUUGAGUGGUGAAAGUAUUGUUGUCUGUUCUCAUUGCCUCUUAGGAACUUGCUCUAGAAGGUUGAAGCAUGGGCACAAAGCAUGUUUCUUAGGUCACAGAAGGUUCUUGUCAAGGGAUCAUGCAUUCAGAAGAGAUGAGGAAUCUUUUGAUGGUACUACUGAUUUCAGGGAUCCUCCAGUACAGCCAACAGGGGAAGAAAUUUCUGCUAUGACAAUGGAUAUCCAAACUGCAUAUGGAAAACUACAGAAGCAAAAGAGGAGUGUAAGGAAGAAAAGGAAAAGAGGAGAAGGGGAUGAGGAUUUGGAGAAUAAGGAGGAAGUACAUACUGUUGAAUCAACUUUUAAGAAGAGGAGCAUCUUUUUCCAACUAGAAUAUUGGAAAUUUUUGCUAGUGAGACACAACUUGGAUUCAAUGCACAUUGAAAAGAAUGUGUUUGACAACAUAGUCAACACUUUGCUUGAUGUGGACAAAAGGUCAAAAGAUAAUGCAAAUGCUAGGAUGGAUAUGAAGAGAAUGAAGAUCAGAGAACAUUUGCAUAUUGAUGAAACACAAGAAAAACCUGACUUGCCAGAUGCAGUGUACUACAUGGAGUCAUCAAAGAAGAAGAUGUUCUGUGGUCUGGUGAAAAAUGUGAGAUUUCCAGACAACCAUGCUUCCUCAAUGUACAACAAGGUAAGGUUAGAGGAAAACAAGUUUGUUGGGCUGAAAACUCAUGAUUGCCACAUUUUGUUUGAAGAAAUCUUACCUCUGGCUGUAAUGAAGACAUUGCCUAAAGAAGUUGCAUUGCCCUUGGUGAAGCUUGCCAAGUGUUUCAAGGUCAUUACUUCGAAGAUCGUCAGCAAUAAAGAGAUAGCAAUUGUUGAAGACCAGUUGCCAGAGAUAUUAUGUCAACUUGAGAAGAUUUUUCCUCCAACAUUCUUCGAUAUAAUGGAGCACCUGGUUAUACAUCUUCCAGCUGAAGUGAGACUUGCUGGGCCUGUUCAAUUCAGGAACAUGUGGUCCACAGAAAUGUUCAUUGGCAACAUGAAAAACUGGGUACACAAUAGAAGCCACCCUGAAGGAUCCAUUGCAGAGUCAUAUUUGUUCGAUGAGUGUUUGACAUUCUGCAGUAGAUAUGUGGAUGAUUGUAACACCAAGUUCAACAGAGCACCAAGACAUGAUGAUAAUUUGACUAGUAGUGCAAACAAAAAUUGCAGCAAGUACCUGACGAUUUUUGGAAGACCAUUAUCAGCUUGCAGUAUUUCUGAACUAGAUUACCUGUCAUGGACACAAGCACAGAAGUAUGUACUCUUCAAUUAUGAGCACAUCAGUUCUUACACAGAGAAGCAUAUGAAAUCUUUAGCUGCUGGGAAAAAGAGAAAAUGUAAAAGACAGAUAGAAGUAGAACAUCACAGAACAUUCCAUACUUGGUUCAUUGACCAUGUGCAGUCUUUGCUUCUUAAAGGCACAAAAUUGCCAGAAGAUAUUGUUUUGCUAGCAAACAAGCCUUACAUGAUGGUCAAGAAGUACAACAGCUACAGCAUUAAUUGUCGUGGAUCCUUCUACAACAUCAAGGUCUCCGACCUCGGGCCGCACAGCGUCCAACAGAUUUCGCUGUUCGUGGCGCUGUGCGAGUGCUACCUGGGCUGUCCGCCCUAUUUCCCACUGUGGGAGUACACUCCCCCCGGCGAGGUCUGCAUCCCCCAGUUCAGCCCCGAGCCCAGCGUCCCGCGACGCCUCAACGUCCGGUCGCUGCCGCGCGAGCAGGAGGAAGUGGUGAAGGAGAUGCGCCAGGCGAUCCAGGCGCUGAAGGAUAGCGGCCUGACGGCGGUCAAUAUCGCUGGCAGAAGAUCGCUGACCACCUUCCCCCCCUUGCCGGGAAGGAGCCUCCGGAAAUGA